AUAUUCUUCAGCCACAAAUAAAUAAAGGGGAAGAUAUAUAGGAGCAAGAAAUAAAAUUUUGUCCAUUAAGAAGAAUUUAUAUAUUUUUUCUACAAAUAUAUUUCGUAAAUUACAGUUUCUGUACUCCCUUAGGGCUGAGAAGAAAUACUUACACUCUCAUUUGCUGUCUAGUCUCAUCAGCUAAGAUCAGGUGACUUCUGUGUCUAUCUCGGUCGGUGAUUUUCCGGUGUCCCGCUUGACGGUGGAGCUACAGCGGCAGUUCCAAACGAAACCCUAACUAAACUCAUCUCGGCCCGAACCUUGGACUGAUUUAGGCCGCCAAUUUCAAAUGACGGCCCGGUUAAUUGAAUAACCACCAUUUUCCCUCGGUUGCCACCGAUCUACAGUUGAAGCAUCUAAAACUCUUCAUUGAUGGCUGAUCUCAAAGAACGACUGCUUCCACCAAAACCUGCAUCAGCAGCAAAUCUUAGAGAAGUAACUUUUAGGCCCCCUGUCUCUGGUCGUCAACCUUUUCAAGGUAUAGAUGUCUUGGGCCUUAAGAAGCGAGGUCAAGGACUUCGAUCAUGGAUUCGGGUUGACACAUCUGGCAACUCCCAGGUCAUUGAGGUUGACAAGUUCACUAUGAUGCGUCGUUGUGACCUUCCAGCUCGUGAUCUACGUUUAUUAGAUCCAUUGUUUGUUUAUCCAUCAACAAUCCUUGGCAGGGAGAAGGCAAUUGUUGUAAAUCUUGAGCAGAUUCGAUGCAUCAUUACAGCUGAUGAGGUUCUCCUAUUAAAUUCUCUUGACAGCUAUGUCCUGCAGUAUGUGGUGGAGUUGCAGCGGCGAUUGCAAGCUGCAGGAGCUGGUGAUGUUUGGCAGCCAGAAGGUGAAUUGAGCAGAAGAAGAGGAAGCAGGAAUCUUGAGAAUAUGUUUGGUACUCCAUCACCAGAUUAUUUGCCCUUUGAGUUCCGUGCUCUUGAAGUUGCGCUGGAGGCAGCUUGUACUUUUCUUGAUUCUCAGGCAGCAGAACUGGAAAUUGAAGCGUAUCCAUUGUUGGAUGAACUUACAUCUAAAAUCAGUACCUUGAAUUUGGAACGAGUUCGUAGAUUGAAAAGCAGGCUUGUCGCUUUGACUCGUAGAGUUCAGAAGGUUAGAGAUGAGAUAGAGCAACUUAUGGAUGAUGAUGGGGACAUGGCUGAGAUGUAUCUUACUGAGAAGAAAAGGCGGAUGGAAUUGUCUUGCUAUGGAGAUCAAUCUUUGCUUGGCUACAGGUCAACAGAUGGUGCGUUGUCCGUGUCUGCUCCAGUUUCCCCUGUUUCUUCACCUCCUGAGAGCAGGAGGCUUGAAAAAAGCUUGAGCAUAGCAAGAAGCAGGCAUGAGAGCAUGAGAAGUUCGGAAAGUGGCGCUGAAACUCAGAGUAUAGAAGAGCUGGAGAUGCUUUUGGAGGCUUACUUUGUUGUUAUUGACAGCACUCUCAACAAGUUGACAUCGCUGAAGGAGUAUAUUGAUGAUACAGAAGAUUUCAUUAACAUUCAACUGGAUAAUGUCCGGAAUCAGCUUAUUCAAUUUGAGUUGCUACUUACAACUGCAACCUUUGUGGUUGCCAUCUUCGGGGUUGUGGCAGGAAUUUUUGGGAUGAAUUUUGAAAUACCAAUGUUUAAUCAACCGGAUGCAUUUAAAUGGGUCCUAAUAAUUACAGGUGUUACUGGAGCAGUGAUAUUCUUUGCAUUUUUGUGGUUCUUCAAAUAUCGAAGAUUGAUGCCACUAUAGAUGCUUGAGAGCACAGCCAAUUGAGAAUACAACAGUUCUAGUAAUGAGGACGGAUUGCUGGUAAUAUUCGAAGGCACUUGAGAGUGGAUCGUAGUUGUGGAAUAAAUACACGAGCCUAUGAGGGAAAUAAGCGCUUCAGUAAAGGCCAGUAUCUGUUCGAUGCUAUCUACCAGAACUGAUAGAUUUACUGAAUCAUGUGUUCUUACUACUAGGUAGCUUCAAAGUUGAAUUACUCAUUAUAAUAGCAUGUAUUCUUGGAGUUCAAAAAAAUGAAGAAUGGCUAAUUCUUGUCAAAAAUUCAAGGUCAGCACAAUGGCGAGUGACUUUGAUCUUGCAUCACAACUGUUUCAGUGUCUCUAAAGUGCUAGGUAAAUACGAAGAGGAAAUAAAAAUACACAAUUGAAGUA